AUGAGCGACGUCGAUGCCUUUCGAGAUGCCGAGUUCAUCGGUGACGUGUCUGGCAUUGCCUUCGAAGAUGAAGAUGCAGAGCCAGGGACGCCCGUAGUCGGCGCAGACAGCAGCCACAUCAAGAAAGUCCGGGCUGCUGCAAAGAUUGCCUACCUCGACCAGGUAAUGAAGGACCUAGAUAUUUUUAUUUACUGCCAACUUUCGGCAUUAUACUACAUGGACUGCUCCAUAGUACUCUUCAUACUUCGAGCAGUGACGCAAUUCAUAUUCUUUACGCCAAAAGCACCACCUUUUGAACCAACCCGUAACCAGGCUUUCAUCGGCGCAAUCUUCUUCAGCAAUCUAUUCUGCAUGAUCUUUCACAUAUUUCUCAUCCGUCCCGAAGCCGGCGAAGCGACACGAGGCUAUCUUCACGGUGGCUUAUUCAUCGACUUCAUCGGACAAAAACCAGCUCCAAUCGCGAGGCUUCUAUGCUUCGACACACUCAUACUCCUAAUCGACUUCCUCAUGCUAGCCCUAAUUGUUGAGCGAGUAAAUACAGUCGGGCCUAGAAGCUUGACAUCUCCGAACAUAAACACCUCAUCUUCAAAUAUCCAAACAGACUCAGAUCCAAAUAGCGCGCAGUCUAAUCCACAAGACCACGACGCGGAGGAACGAGGCGUCAUUCGCGGCCAUGAAGACGCGGACGCGAACACUCCUAACGACUCCACACCACUCAUCUCGGCAAUCGACUAUGAUGUCAAUGAGGAACGGACAACACUACUGGCUGAUCCGGGCGAAGACAACUCUGGUCGUGACGGACACCCGUUAGACUCGUUUAUUUCUGGCCAGGCGGUUCUUGUAGAUGCGGGACUUUUUACUAUCAUACGGUCCCAGUGGCUGUACUCGAUGCAACGGCCGGCGAACUACAGUCCCUCGCCCCAGAUGGCGACUUUUCUUCGUCGGCGCUUGGGACUGCAGAUCGAUGCUGAGGGCCAACCUGUCCGAGUGACAGAAACAUAA